GCCCACCUUCCCUCAUUUCACGAACCCCCGUUGUGCUCCAGGGGAAGCCCUCCUCUCCUUCCAGUCCGUCCCUCUUCCCUCCGCCGUCCGCUCGAUCCUUCCCUCCGCCGCCAGUCUCCUCUCAUCCCAUCCGUGUCCAUCCCUGCCCAAACCCAUCCAUUGCCUGCGGUUCUCCGACACGGUGAUCCGUCUGCCCUCCUCUCUGUCUCUUCCCUAAUCUACUUCUUCUCUCUCUUCCUUGCUCCGGUGGCCGGCGUCCAUUAAUCUAUCGCUUUAUCUCACACUCUUUCUAUAUAUGAAACCCUGGGAAUUUAUUGCAUACAUAUAGAUAUAUAUUUCAUCUACGUCCCAUCUCCGCCGUCCUUCCCCCUCGUUCUAGGUUUUCUCUCUGAUGGCGACGGCGGCGACGAUGCUGGCGUCAGAGGCGGGGAUCUCGCCGGACCUGUACCCGAGCGAGGACGACCUGGUCUACGAGGAGGAGAUCCUCCGCAACCCCUUCAGCUUGAAGCUGUGGUGGCGCUACCUGGUGGCCCGCGCCGGCGCCCCCUUCAAGAAACGGUCGGUGAUCUACGAGCGCGCCCUCAAGGCCCUCCCGGGGUCCUACAAGCUCUGGCACACCUACCUUCGCGAGCGCCUCGACCUCGUGCGCUCCCUCCCCAUCUCCCACCCGGCCUACGAGUCCCUCAACAACACUUUCGAGCGCGCCCUCGUCACCAUGCACAAGAUGCCCCGCAUCUGGAUCAUGUACUUGACCUCCCUCACCGAGCAGCGCCUCCUCACCCGCGCCCGCCGCACCUUCGACCGCGCCCUCCGCGCCCUCCCGGUCACCCAGCACGACCGCAUCUGGGCCCCCUACCUAGCCCUCGUCUCCCUCCCCGGCGUCCCCGUCGAGACUUCCCUUCGCGUCUACCGCCGCUACCUCCUCUUCGACCCCUCCCACAUCGAGGACUUCAUCGACUUCCUCAUCACCUCCCAGCGCUGGCAGGAGGCCGCCGAGCGAUUGGCCUCCGUCCUCAACGACGACUCCUUCCACUCCAUCAAGGGCAAGACUCGCCACCAGCUCUGGCUUGAGCUCUGUGACCUCCUCACCCGCCACGCCACCGAGGUCUCCGGUCUCAAGGUCGAUGCCAUCAUCCGGGGUGGCAUCCGGCGCUUCACCGACGAGGUCGGCCGCCUUUGGACGUCCCUCGCCGACUACUACGUCCGCCGGGGGCUCUACGAGAAGGCCCGUGACAUCUUCGAGGAGGGCCUCACCACCGUAACUACUGUGAGGGAUUUCAGCGUCAUCUUCGAGUCCUAUGCCCAGUUCGAGCAGAGCGCAUUAUCUGCAAAGCUUGAGACGGUCGACGGCUCGGAUGAAGAGGGGGACCAGGACGAGGAGAAUGGCAAAGAUGGCAUCACGAAGCUUACGAAGAAAUUCCUUCAUGGCUUCUGGUUGAAUGACGAUGACGAUGUGGAUCUCAGGUUGGCUAGGUACGAGAACCUCUUGGAAAGGAGGCCGGAGCUCCUCAACAGCGUCAUCUUGAGGCAGAAUCCUCACAAUGUGAAGGAGUGGCACAACCGAGUAAAGCUUUUCGAGGGCAAUCCUGCAAAGCAAGUGUUGACGUAUACAGAGGCAGUGAGAACUGUGGAUCCCAUGAAAGCGGUGGGGAAGCCCCACACAUUGUGGGUUGCUUUUGCAAAGCUGUAUGAGAGCCACAGUGAUCUCGAGAAUGCUACAAAGAUAUUUGAGAAGGCUGUACAAGUGAAUUACAAGACAGUUGAUAAUCUGGCUAGUGUGUGGUGUGAAUGGGCAGAGAUGAUGCUGAGGCACAAGAACUUUAAGAAGGCACUGGAACUCAUGAGGCGGGCAACUGCAGAGCCCUCUGUCGAGGUCAAGCGGAGAGUUGCUGCUGACGGGAAUGAACCAGUGCAGAUGAAGUUGCAUAAAUCUCUGAGGCUGUGGAGCUUUUAUGUGGAUUUGGAGGAGAGCUUAGGAAUGUUAGAAUCCACUCGUGCUGUUUAUGAGAGAAUACUUGAUUUGAGAAUAGCUACCCCACAAAUCAUACUUAACUAUGCUUUUCUUCUUGAGGAGCACAAAUACUUUGAGGAUGCAUUUAAGGUGUAUGAAAGAGGUGUAAAGAUCUUUAAAUACCCCCAUGUUAAAGAUAUAUGGGUCACUUACCUCUCCAAAUUUGUGAAAAGAUAUGGAAAAACCAAGCUAGAACGGGCAAGAGAACUAUUUGAGCAUGCAGUUGAAAAGGCACCUGCAGAAGAUGUGAAGCCCCUUUAUCUGCAAUAUGCAAAACUGGAGGAAGAUUAUGGGCUUGCAAAGCGCGCAAUGAAAGUUUAUGAUCAAGCUGUGAAGGCUGUCCCUAAUAGUGAAAAAUUGAACAUGUAUGAAAUUUACAUUGCUCGAGCUGCCGCAUUUUUUGGUGUUCCAAAAACAAGGGAGAUAUAUGAGCAAGCCAUUGAAUCCGGUCUCCCUGAUAAGGAUGUAAAAACAAUGUGCAUGAGAUAUGCCGAACUUGAAAGGAACUUAGGAGAAAUUGAUCGUGCUCGUGCCAUAUAUGUGUUUGCAUCACAGUAUGCAGAUCCACGGUCUGAUCCUGAUUUCUGGAAAAAAUGGAAAGAUUUUGAGAUACAACAUGGUAAUGAGGAUACCUUUAGAGAAAUGCUUCGUAUCAGCCGUAGUGUCUCAGCUAGCUACAGUCAGACACAUUUCAUCCUCCCUGAGUACCUGAUGCAAAAGGAUCAGAAGCUAAAUCUAGAAGAAGCUGUGGACACUCUAAAGCGUGCUGGGGUUCCAGAAGAUGAAAUGGCUGCUUUAGAAAGGCAAUUGGCACCUGCACCUGCUAAUGUACCUGCUAGUGAUGGUAGCAGAGUGAUGAACUUUGUGAGUGCUGGAGUAGAGUCACAGCCUGAUGGGAGGAAGGUUACUGCAAAUAAUGAGGAUAUCGAAUUGCCAGAAGAAAGUGACUCUGAGGAUGAGAACAUUGAGAUAGCCCAAAAGAAUGUUCCUGCUGCCGUAUUUGGAGACCUUGCCCGCAAUGUUGCUGAAGAUCAGGAUCAAGGUGCUGCUGCUGAGGAUAAUGCGAACCACAGUAACUUAGGUGCCCUUGAGAGAAUAAAAAGGCAAAGACGACAGUAGAGUCACCAUAUUGACGCUAGAUCAGUUUCAUAAUUCCAUCUUUGAAAUUCUCUUAGACAUGUGAUCCGCAGGUAUUGUUUGGCUUGAAGUCUGUUGUUGUAUAUAUAUAUUCUCUCUCAAGCGUACAUGUGAUUGUCCUUUUUCCGGAGUAUUGGUUGUAUUUGAUGGAAAAACAACCAAUAUUCAUUUUGAAGUUUGCUAAUGCAUCCGUGAAUCUCGUCUUGCAUGAAUUUUUGAAAGUUGAUUCCAGCUUAAAUUCCAGGGA